GGAGCUCCGUACAUUCUGGAGGGAUUAGUACCCGAAGAGACGUACCACUUCCAGUUCGCCGCCAGAAACGAUGUGGGCAUGGGCGCGUUCCGUAACGCGGACUCCAUCACGAUGCCGAGAAGAUCGGAGCCUUCGGAACCGAAGAUUUUGGUAGAGACGAACCGAGGCAAAGACGAAAAUACGGUCAACAGAGAGGACGCCAUAGCGAUGAGUCCAUAUGCGGAUCAUUUCGAGUUAAGGUGGAGCGUGCCUAACGAUAACGGCGACCCAAUUUUGUACUAUUUGAUCAAAUAUUGCAUUAACGACAAAGUGAACGGAGAAUGGCGCGACCGCGAUUGCACGAAAGAAAGCCAGCGAUCCGUCCAGUAUACGAGUUUCGAGCUCGACCACCUUCAUCCGGACACCGUCUACAAGAUCGAGUUGCGCGCGCACAACACCAUCGGCGACAGCUGGCCGGCGACGUUGCGAGUCAAGACCGCCAGAGGUAUUGACCCAAUUAUUCCGAUGGAAAAGCCAGCCAUGAGCAGUUCUGCUAUUAUUGGUAUCGUGAUAGCAUCAAUAGUACUAAUUCUACUAGUAUUGGAUAUAACGUGUUAUUUUGUGAAUAGAAUGGGGGUCAUAGCGUUAUGCUGCAAUGCUAGAACCAAACAAGCUGAAGAUGAAGAUCCCAAAUUGGGGAGGGACGAACGUGAACCUCUGCAACAUGAAGAAAAACCCAUGUCCGUUGAGUUUGACGGGCGAUUCACCCAUUCCAAAUCAGGAGAAAUUAUUGGCAAGCAUUCAGCUGUCUAAGAUGUUUGUCAAUGAUAAUAUUUCAUUCUCGAAUACAUGACAAGAAAAGAAAAGAGACAGAUACAACCUCCGUUCCGUAAAUAAGUCUGUAAAUAAUUACAAAGGGACUGUCUUUCAUCGAUACCUACAAAUUAGAACUCAACUGUUUGAUAAACAAAUAAUUGCAAGUUUCUAAAUCUGUAAAAAUUCACAUCAUGGUAUUGAUUUGAGACAGCUGUUUCUUGGAUUGUAUAUAAAAAUAUGGUUUUACUUAGUAAAGAUGAUUUAUUCAUUAGUUUAAAAAUAUUUGUUUUGAAUGCGUUCUUGUACAGUACGCAUUUUGUAGGUUGGUAAUAUAAAAUCGACAGUUAAAUGUUCCCUAAAUCCC